CAGCCUCCUCGAGAGGGAAAACCCCACCGCCGAUCCCAACGCGGGCUCGCGGAAACCCACCCCCUCCCUCUUCCCCCCUUCCUUUCGCUUUCCUCAUCGCCCGCCACCACCCACCCACCACGAAACCCUCAGCAUUGCGGUCCCCCCAUCGAGAUCGGUGACUCCCCAUAUCCAUCGAGACCGGUCGGAGCCUGGGGAGUUCCAAUCGGAGUGCGUGGUUGUUGUAUCGGCUGACGGCGCGGAUGAGAGGUGGAUGAUCGGAUCCUCCGCGCUGAUGAAGAUCGUGAGCCCUUGCUGGAAGCCAGUGGAUGGGAGGGGCGGCCGCCACGGCGGGUCCGCUGCCCGCGCCGACGGCCUUCUAUGGUACAAGGAUCUCGGCCGCCACGCCGUCGGGGAAUUCUCCAUGGCGGUGGUGCAGGCGAACAACCUCUUGGAGGACGGGAGCCAGAUCGAGUCCGGGCCGCUGAGUUGGAACGAGGCGCCCCACGGCACGUUCGUCGGGGUCUACGACGGGCACGGCGGUCCGGAGGCGUCCCGAUACAUCACGCAGCAUUUGUUCCCGAACCUCAAAAAAUUUGCUUCAGAACAAGAAGGCAUGUCAGUAGAUGUCAUAAGGAAAGCAUACUCAGCAACGGAAGAGGGCUUUAUCUCUCUUGUGAGAAAGCAGUGGCUCAGUAAGCCACAGAUGGCCUCCGUCGGUUCAUGCUGUUUGACUGGUGUCAUAUCUGGGGGGAUGCUUUAUGUCGCAAAUGUUGGAGAUUCCCGUGCAGUGCUAGGGAGAUUUGAUAGAGGUAUUAGAGAGGUAACAGCAGUACAAAUGUGCGCUGAGCACAAUGCGAGUGUUGAAUCUGUGAGGGAGGAACUGUGUUCGCUGCAUCCUGAUGACCCACAGAUUGUGGUUUUAAAGCACAAGGUUUGGAGGGUCAAAGGCCUUAUACAGGUCUCAAGAUCUAUCGGAGAUGCUUAUUUGAAAGAUGCAGAGUUCAACAGGGAGCCAUUGCUAUCGAAAUUUCGGCUUCCUGAACCAUUCCAAAAACCGAUCCUUAGUGCUGAGCCAUCAGUAGUGACACAUAAACUCUGUCCUGAAGAUCAAUAUUUGAUUUUCGCGUCAGAUGGUCUAUGGGAGCAUUUGAGUAAUCAAGAAGCUGUGGAUAUGAUUCACAACUCACCUCGAAGUGGUAUAGCAAGAAGACUUGUCAAAGCUGCACUUAAAGAGGCAGCAAAGAAAAGAGAGAUGAGGUACUCUGACCUGAAAAAGAUUGAUCGCGGAAUCAGGAGACAUUUUCAUGAUGAUAUAACUGUCAUAGUUGUAUUUCUUGAUCCCACCAUGAUAAGUAAGAACUUCUACCAUGGUCCUGUACUUUCACUAAAAGGAGCUGGUGUCCCUGUCUAAGCCGAUUCCGUCCAGAGCUCCUAGAUGCUUCAUCCAGUGCUUCAUUGGACAUGAUUCAGAAUCUUCUCUUUACUAGCUUGGACUGUGGUUUCAGCUGUCAGCAAAGCACACAAAGUGCAAAGGAUAGAAUCCUAGGAGGAAGAUGUUUCUCUAACAUGACAAUCUGCAAUUUUGCACUGGAAAUAGAUACAAUUAGCAAAUAUGAAACCUUCUUUGCCUUGACAGUGGAAGUCUGGUCUCAUUGUGUCCAAAACUCGAAAUCUUGUUCCAAGUUACAGCCUCUGGACUGCAGGUACAUGGAUUUGAGUGGUCUAUAAUUUGCAUAUCGUGAACAUUAUCUUGCAUGCUUAGCCAUCAUUUUGCUCUUUGCUUUCGCAGUUGGCUGUGUCCAGCUUCCAAUCUUUUUCUCUCUUGUGGAAGUGUCUGUUUGAGGGUGAGAAGAUGAAAGCUGGAUCCAGUUGAUUCUCUGGUUUUAUUUGUUAAAUCCGCCAAUUGUAUUUCUAUCCCAUUUAUGAUUCCCGAUUAUGUAUCCUAUCUCUCGAAUGCAUAAAUGUAUUAUUUGAACA